AUGGUGCGACGUGGUCCGAAGAGGUUGUAUAAUGAAACUUUGGACUACCCGGAAAAGGGAACCAUUUUUGCAACUGGAUCGCUAUACGAGCCAGUGAUGAAACAAGUGAGGUUCAAGGAAGCCGAUGAUGAUAAUGAUGAUGAUGCUGAUAGAGAUAUACUUGAACAGUAUUAUGUCCAGCUGUUGGAGCUAUUACAUUCGGGCUGGAACCCGAAGAUAGCCAGUGAUGAUUUCGAGGUGUUGCUCGACCUGUACAACGAAUAUCUCAAAUUUGUCGACCUGAUACGUGCGGUGAUUGGUUUUUUGGACCCUAGCGGCGAAGGUUGGUUGACGGAGGCGAAGGCCCAGGUUCUCGCCAAAGCAAUCACUCAUAAGCUUGAGCUUAAUGACGAUACUAGGACCGAUGAUAAGUGGGAACAAGGCCGUGAACUCCUCAAGAGAUGCCCGACGGCAAGAGUUUUCCAGUGGGUAUUGGUCGCGUUCGUGGUAACGCCCGAGAUGCUCAUGGCAAGGAUGUAUUCCUUCCACCAUUUAGACGAGUUGAGCGAGGCCCAGCUUGCGGAAAUGACUCACGACAAGGUUUUCGACGACAUCCAGCAGCUUCCAUUUUACAGCACGAUGGCACUGCUGUUCUUGCCGUUGCUCAUUACGGGUGAUUGGCACACGGUUCUUCUUACCGGGGUCGAUCGGAUCAAGCGCUUCAGGCAUGAAACGCGAGACUGGUACACAGUUUUACCGACGCACAGCCUACAAUACUUGACUGAGAUUGAUCAAGCGGUAGAAGCGAAUUACGGGUACGUGGACCCAAUCAAGAAAGCUAUGAGUGCGUCUCCGUUGCUGACAUCUCCAGAAAUGUUGGCGUCUUCGGAAAGGCAGGCGUCGCCGGAAGGGCAGGCUUCUCUGGAAGGGCAGGCUUCUCUGGAAGGGCAGGCUUCUCUGGAAGGGCAGGCUUCUCUGGAUGGGCAGGCGUCUCCAAUGAGGCUGGUGUCUCCGGAAGGGCAGGCGUCUCCAAUGUGGCUAGCAUCUCCAGUGACGCCAGCCUCACCCGAAAUUUUCCUGGUUCGGGAGCCAACCGUUGAUACGUCCCCCGUGAGUGUUUCUCUGGAGGUAAAUUCUGGCAGUGUUGCUGUUUCUAUACAACCACCUCCUUUACUGACUCUACCACCUAAAGCCCCGCAACCUACGAAGGUUUUGCCAGUUCCAAAGGGCCCCAAAGUCUUCAAGGUCUUCAAGGUGGUGAAAAAACAAAGAAGGAAGCAACGGAAAAACAAUGGGAACGAGAAUAAGCAUAGGAAUGCUCCGAACAAAGUGAAAGUAUGCCACGAGUGCGGGGGUAUAGAUCACCUAAGGAAUAACUGUCCCCAACGUGACAACUCGAUCAAUGACGUGAAAUGCUUUAAGUGUGGUCAACGAGGCCACUACAAAUACCGGUGUCCCAACCCCUCGAAGAACACUCACAGCAGGCCUGCUCAGAUUCUGACAAGCUAG